UGCUUUCUGAGCACCGCGCGGUGGUGUCUGCCGCUGUCCCUGCGCGUCCCGUCGGGUGCCCCCAGGAGCGCGAUGGCAGAGCUGGGUCUUCUGGCCGAGGAGCUGUCGUGCUCCAUCUGCCUGGAAUCCUUCAAGGAACCCGUCACCACCCCUUGCGGCCACAACUUCUGCAGGUCGUGCUUGGAUGAGACAUGGAUCGUCCAGGGCCCGCCGUACCGAUGCCCACAAUGCCGCACCGUGUACCAGAUGCGCCCGCAGCUGCACAAGAACACGGUGCUGUGCGCAGUGGUGGAGCAGUUCCUGCAAGCCGAUCAGGCACGGACGCCGGUGGACGACUGGACGCCCCCUGCCCGCUCCGCCACUUCCAGCUCAGCCCCCCAGGUGGCCUGUGACCACUGCCUGAAGGAGUUCGCGGUGAAGACGUGCCUCGUGUGCAUGGCCUCUUUCUGCCAGGAGCACUUGAGACCGCACUUCGACAGUCCCGCCUUCCUGGACCACCCCUUGCAGCCACCCGUCCGUGACCUGCUGCGCCGCAAAUGUCCCCAGCACAACCGCCUUCGGGAAUUGUUUUGCCCCGAGCAUGGCGAGUGCAUCUGCCAUAUCUGCCUGGUAGAGCACAAGACCUGUUCCCCUACACCCUUAAGCCAGGCCAGCGCCGACCUGGAGAACAAACUGAGGCAAAAACUGUCCACCAUGCACAGUCACAUCAGCGGGGCAACCAGAGCACUGGAGGAUGUGAGAGCCAAGCAACAGAGCGUGCACGACUCUAUGAGUCAUAAGCUGGAACAACUGAGAAAAGAAUAUGUGGAGAUGAAGGCCGUCAUUGAUUCGGCAGAGACCGGCUCCACACGCAGGCUGAAGGAGGAGGAGAAGAGGGUCUUCGGAAAGUUGGACACCAUCUACCAGGUCCUUAUCAAGAAGAAGAAUGAGAUGCAGGACCUGAAGGCAGAGGUUGAGCUCACCUUGGCCAAAGGGGACGAGUUUGAGUUUCUGGAGAAAGCUGCAAAGUUGCGAGAAGUGUCAACGAAACCAGUCUACAUCCCCAAGAUUGACCUAGACCACGAGUUGAUAAAGGCGGUCUACCAGGGAGCAGUGGACCUCAAGAAUGAUUUGAAGCGCUCCAUCAAGCAGCUCCAGGAGAGGGCUGAGGAGUCCAUUGGCCCAGGUGACGUGGAAGGUCAUGGUACGGAGUCCACAUCCAAAACUACGCGCCCUGUGAAGAAGCCCCAACAGGAUAAGAAGGCCAAGAAAACCCCAACUGUCCCCACUCCCAGCACUCCCUCACCCAACAAGCCCACCUUUGGAGCUCCUGGGCAGUCAACGGAUUUUAAAACAACUAUCCCUGAUGCCCCACCCAAAGCCAACACCCCACAGCCAAACUUGACUGCGCUCAAAGCCAAGGUGCUAGAAAACUUCUUAGCCAAGUCUAGAGCCGAGCUUCUGGAGUAUGCCGUUAAAGUCAUCUUCGACUACAACACUGCCCACAACAAGGUGGCCCUGACAGACAACUACACCACCGCUUCUGUGGCCGAGGGUCUUCAGCACUACCGCUCCCAUCCCCAGAGGUUCACCUACUGUUCUCAGGUCCUGGGGCUGCACUGCUAUAAGAAGGGCAUUCACUACUGGGAGGUGGAGCUGCAGAAGAACAACUUCUGCGGUGUAGGCAUCUGCUACGGCAGCAUGGAGCGGCAGGGCCCCGAGAGCCGGCUGGGCCGGAACGCCAACUCGUGGUGUGUGGAAUGGUUCAAUAACAAGAUCUCGGCCUGGCACAACAACGUGGAGAAAACUCUGCCCUCCACCAAGGCCACGCGGGUCGGUGUACUUCUCAACUGUGACCACGGCUUUGUCAUUUUCUUUGCUGUCACUGAAAAGGUCUGCCUGAUGUAUAAGUACAAGGUGGACUUUACUGAAGCCCUGUACCCAGCCUUUUGGGUCUUCUCUGCGGGUACCAAGCUUUCCAUUUGCUCUUCCAAGUAGGCAAGCCGCUAGGCCAGGCUCGGCCUCAGACACUUGGACUUGCUGAGAAUCACUCAAGACUGGUCAAAACACCGUAGAAGGGAUUCUCCUAGGAGAAUUUCUGAGUCCCCAACAGAUAGGAGAUUUGGCGGGGACCUGGGGAAGAGGCUGAGAGAAUAAAAAACGGGGAGAUUUGGCUCAGAAAGGGGUGGGGUGAUUGUCUUGUGGGUGGGGAAGCAUAUCUACCUCCCGGUGCCCCUGAGGACAGGGUGACCCCCCCUCCCAGUGUUCUGGGAAAUCUCUCAGGCUGCUAGCCACUUGGGCAGAGCUUCAGAGCACUAAAUCGUUAGUGCUCCUGUUGUCUUUUUUUUUUCUUCGAGACAGGGUUUCUCUGUAGCUUUCGAGCCUGUCCUGGAACUAGCUCUUGUAGACCAGGCUGGUCUCCAACUCACAGAGAUCUGCCUGCCUCUGUCUCCCGAGUGCUGGGAUUAAAGGCGUGCGCCACCACAUUUUCUUUCAGGUGAUGGAUGUCUACUUUUUGGGUUAGCCUUCAGACCUUCGUGUUUUGAUUAUGCUCUAGAUUUAAAAAAAAACAAACAAACAAACCAGGUGUAGUGGUCGAGGCUUCUAGUUCCAGCACUUGGGAAGCAGAGACAGGUGGAUCUUUAUGAAUUCGAGACCAGCUUGGUCUACAUAGUGAGUUUCAGGACAGCUGAAGCUACAUAGUGUGACCCUGUCUCAAAAACAGACAAACCAAACAAAAAACAAGCGAACAUCCAGUUUUUGGGAUCAGCAUGUAUAUUAUCUCUUUGGCACCAGGUAUUGAAUCUCAGACCUUGAUAUGCUCUACUUCUGAGCCUAAUCCCUACUCUGAGUUUCCAUAUCUUUCUUCCUCCUGGGAAUCUUUUGUAGGUAAGGCUUCAAACUCUGAUCUGAAUCAGCUUGUAUCAAUGAACUCUGAUCUGGUUGGGAUGGAAUCUCUCCCUCUCCCAAGGGCAUCUCACCAGGGACAUGUUGACUGUUUCCAUAGAGCUGGAGGCCUUUCUUCCCAUAGCCUGUGCUGGGAGUGGGGGUGGGGAGGCAGAACCCUGGCUGGAUUCACGGGAGCCUGACGGCUUUAAUCUUACUCAUGUUUUGCCUUGAUUGCUGACUUCAGCAGUAAUGUCCCCUUCCUCCGGGUUGUAGAUACUGGGCUGUGGCUGUGCAUGUCACCCUUUGUUAAGUGACCAGCCACACCUCAUUCCCAUACCCUACCGUCAUGUAGAUGGUAUGCAUGUGGUUGCUUUGGGAGCCAUGAGACAUCACCCACUGAAGUGACUCAGGGGCCUGAAGGACCUGUGGGAGACAGCCAUUUUCCUGUUUUUCCCUUAGCCACAGACGGUAGGCCCAGUGCUGAGUCCAAGACCCCUCACCUAACGUGGACCAUUCUGCUGUCUUCCUCAUUUGAGCCAAUUCCAGAUGCUCAUAGAGACCAAACUAUAGGUUAGGAAGACCUUUCAGGAUAAGAAAAAAAAAAAACAAGGAGGGUCCAGCCGGUGGCUGUUUUCUCUGCGGUCUUUCAUGCAAUGAAAAUAGCCCCGGCCACUAAAGGGCAGGGAUGGAUGACCGAAAUCUCCCCUCCCUCCUUCUGUACUGACGUCAAAUCCAGAACCUGUGAGGAUUUGGCUUCUUGUGACAGGAGUCUAGCUCUCUUUUCUAUGUGGGGAGCUCCCUCUUGUAAGCCUUCCUAUGAAGAGAGGUCACUUUGUGGGAAGGAAGGGCCCCUAGACCUUUCAUAUGGAUGGAUACUUGAGAACAUAGCACAUCUCAGAUCUAGUAAUGGAAUUCCAGGGCUCUCAGCAUUGGCAUUCCUGACAGAUGUGUGACCUGUGUUCUCUCCCAGCGGAAUGUUCUGUUCCCUGGGAACGUCUUUGCAGAGGCCAUGUCCCUGUACAUGAUAUGUGGCCUUUGAAACGUUUUUUUUUUUUUUUGUUUUGUUUUUGUUUGUCUUUGCUACACAAAUUCUUGGUGAUCCUUCUCUGAAUUUGAAGAUGUCUAAAUGCAUCUUCACCGAUCUUCUGAAACAAAGCCUGUUUGCAACCAAGUCAGUCUUGGGAAACAUCUAGGUUUAGAGAAGUAGAAUGCCAAGGGUUCACUGAGGGGUCCUGCUUGGGCUCUCCUGCAGAAAUGAGACCAGCAGUCAAGAUUCUUCCCAGGUAGUGUGCAGCUCAGGCCUGAAAGACAUGUGUCCCUCUGUUUAUGAGAGUCAGGCAGGCCACCAAAGCCCAGAGCUGUUCGAGGUGCUUUGGAGUUGUAAGUGGAGGAGUGUACCCUUGCUGUCUGGUACCUUUCUGUUUGCAAUGGCAAGACCUCACCUUCACCGCAGCCAUUUCUGUAAUCCUGUACCUCAGGGUCCUGGAAUGGACAGAAGCUGUGUAUUCAUCUCACCCUUGUAUAGAAUCGGGCAGGUGGGAAGGUGGAGGAUGGAUGGCUCUGGUCACCGCUCUUGUCAUUCCAGCAUGGUAGAGAUGCUUAGCAUGGGUGACAGGAAGACCCCAGGGUCCUGUAGACAUACAGAACUUGCCAGAAAUGUUGAUGUAAAAUCCUAGGUGGGUGCUGUCUCGGUCAUUCCGGCAUGAUAAACUAAAGGCCAAGUCUUCGUAUUAUUCAGGACUGGCUGACUAGUCUUUUUAAUUACUUGGAGAUUGAUUUUCAAUCUGUUACUAAUAUCGAUGUUAUCUUUUACACCAUUUACUUCUCUCUAUUGAUUUUAGUUAAUCACUAAUGUUUUAGCUGAUGACUUCUUGAACGUAGUGUUUUAGAGGCGAUUCAUUACCGAGAUAAUCAUCAUAAACAGGGCAAGGCUGGCCGUUCCUCACUCUGAAUGCAGUGUAGUAGAAUUCUGUGUCCCCUGGGGAUUGAGGUGUGGGGGGGGGGAGAAAUGGUCCCUUACUCUGAAAUCCACUGAUGAGGUACCCACCCCCUGAAAGCUACUGCCCAGCCCCUCUGAGUGCUCAGGCUCCACUCCAGAUCUCUUGAAGCCUACCAUAGUGUAGCGACGAUUGCAGGGAACUUUGGGGAAAUAAUACUCAGAGAGAGGGUGUGGGGGCUUUGCUUCAAGAUAAUGUCAAGGUGGAACAUUGUUGAAAAGUAAGCCCCGUUUAAGUAACCAACAAGGAGAGUUGGGAACCCAGGGCUCAUUUUCUUAAUCUUCCUACUGUUGUUGCAUAGGCUUGAACAUUUCUGUCGUGAAAAGUUAAAUAGCAAAAUGCAAAACAGGCCAGACCAGAAGAUGGACCCCGUUCAUGAUCUUUGCUACAGAGGUAUGGGUGUCUCAGGAAAUGCUGGCUAUUAAAGCAUUUGGCUGGCCUUUGUCCCUGGUUUGGGGGCAUGUGUUGGGGGUGUUAGUUAAGUCCUUGGAAUUUCCUGAGAGGAUGGACGGUCAUUGUUAUUUGCCUGCCUGGUGGGAGAUGACCGAGGGUGGCAGCUGGCCGAUAUGAAGACCAGUUUGGUGAUUGAUUAGAGGGUUGAGGCAUUGAGCUUGAAGGACCCCUCUAGGGGAGAAGAGAGAACUGGGGAUUGAGGUGAGUCCAAGACCUCUGGGAAUCCUGCCGGUAAAUGAUGGUUCAAAUCCAGCCGUGGUGGAGACCUAGUGUAAUUUCUCUGCAGAUGGGCACACACAGGGCUGCGCUUCAUUCAGGCUGAUGCACUCUUGUCCUAGGGUGGCCGGGCAAGGAAGCUCUGUGCUCCAGACCCUUCCAGACCUUGCCCUGUUUGUGUUUCUAUGUUACUCCUUGUGAUUCUUUUCUUUCUAAUAAAGUUAAAAUCAUAA